AGGAGGAGGAGGACAAAAGAGGAGAGGAAGAGGAAAGUUGAUCCACUCUCUGCAACCGGGAUUAAGGAGAGACUCCCUGUGAGAGGAGGAGCAGGAGGAGGAGGCGGAGGCGGGAGCUCCGCGGAUGCGGUACUGAGGAUGCGCAGGUGGAACCGCUUCAUCAGAGAGAGAGAGCAGCUGAGGAGUCAAGUUCCACUCCGCGCACGUCCGCAGCUCCCACGGAACGAGCGCGCGCCUGCUUUCUGCACGGAAUUCUGCCGGGACCCCGGCGUGCCCCCCCCCCACGGGACAGCGAGGACUGAAGAUUUCCUGGUUACUGUGAGGGGAAACAAGAACCGAUAAAGUUUUGAGAGUUUGUGGAACGCUGAUGCUGCAACACCAGAGGAGGUUCACUGUGGAAAACACGUGGAGCACAGCUUUCUUCAGCCUCCUGUGAGGAUGCUUGGAGCUUUUUGGAACAGAGCCAGCUGAUCCGUCCAGUCAUUCAUCAGAGCCAUCGAGGUCGGAGAAUCUGAGAUGUGGCGUCGGCCCACGCCUCAUAGCAUGCAGGAUUUGGUUCCCGUCAGACCUUUCGAAUUCCCAUGAACUCUCUAUUGUCUCCUGGGUGAAGCCCUGUAAUAACAGAAAAAUGAAAGAAUGGGAUUAAAGAUGGAUUAUCAGUAAAACCAGCAAAGCAGCUGCCUUUGCAUAAACCGAUUGGACGCUCUUCAGACAACCGAUUUGCAGAUUACAUCUGGCCGUUGAUGUGGUGGAGUCUCGUGCGGUCGCUCUUCAAAGCAGGACAUGGAUGGUGCGGAUGAGCUGGAGCACCCUCUCCUGGGAGAAACACCCGACAACAGCUGGGCCUCUGUGCCCGGGUUGGGGACCGGACCGGGACAGGACCCGGGGCGCCGGAUCAAGAGCCUCUUGGUGAAGUGUGAGGAGGACAAGGCUUACCCUCCUUUAGCGUGGAAGAGUUUCUGUGGACACCCUCCGGAGCUCCAGGAGCAGCAGCUGCUGGACCCCUGCUCCUUACCUCGCACGCUGGAGUCCUUCUACCCCGCACCCUCCAUCUGGGGCAGCGCCAACCCCGUCCUCAGCAAAGACUACCUGGAGACCACCUUCGUGGACAUGCGGCCCGACGCCACCCUGGAGAGGAAGCUUUUGGCCGAGACGCAGGACUUCCACAGCGUGUCCUACAGCAUGGACGACGAGGACGACCUGCUUCCUGACUCUGACGACUCCUCCUUUGAUGACUUCAGCGACACAGACAGCGAGAGCAACUUCCCUCUGAUGAUCCCUCAGGACUACCUGGGUCUGGCCUUCUUCUCCAUGCUCUGCUGCUUCUGGCCUCUGGGCAUCGCUGCCUUCUACCUUUCACAGAAGACCAACAAGGCAUCGGCUCAGGGGGAUUUCCAGGGCGCCAACGCCGCCUCCCGCCAGGCUCUUUGGCUCUCCGUGCUCUCCAUCGUGUUCGGAGUCAUCACCUACAUCUGUGCCAUCGCUGCGUUGAUUUCCUACCUGUCCGGGAAGCCGCCGUAAGAACCGCUCUGCCCUCAAAGACAGCCCCGCCACGACUUUCAUGAUUCCAGCACCUGCCAGCACGCCACGCGGAUAAUCACAGUCUUUGGGUUUGUCGUGUUUCCGAGGGGGGGCGGUUUGUGGAUCGCAUUCUGGACAGCUCCUUCCCAUCACUUCAUGUAGAAGCUUCAGCAUCACAUUUUAGCCAAAACUGAAGUUCGAGAACCAAAAAAAGCUUCCUGAGCAGAAAGGAUGACUGUGACGGAGAGGCGAAGGGACAGCGAGGGGGGAGGAGUGUCUUCCUGAGAGACGGAGUCUGCACAUUUUCAUGAGGGUCACAGCAAGGACGUGGCAGCGGGUGGAUCCCGCCGGACCAGCCUGUCAGCCAACGCUGUCACAUUCCAGGAGGAAGAUGGAGAUGAUGAACUUCUCCUCUAGUCAACCUGAAACUCCUGAAGGCUCAUUCCAGUCACAGCACCACUCAUUGUUUACCUGCAGGAAAAAACUGCCUCCACCGUUUAUGCCAAGUUACAUCCUUAAAAAAUGCAAUUCAAAGUAACUAGAGUGCCAUUUUUCUAUAAAAUGUAAGAAAAAAAAGGUAGAAAUUGAGAAAAGAUUGGAGGCAGAUCUCUGAGGAAAAGUGCCAAAACGUAGUGGGUGAGCAGCUCAGAUUCAUGGUGUCCUCCUGCAGAGGCGUGCGUCUGUGUCACGCCUGACUCAGCCGCACGCCGCGGAGCAGACCUGCUUCCAGCUUCGCUCUCACCCGUCAUCUGCCCCCAAAUUCACGCCAGAGCGGCUCAAAUGACGGCGAAGCUUCGAUUCCACCUGAAAUGUGCCAUAAACUGAAGCACUCCAGCGAACAUACAGGACCCGGUAGAGAGGAAAGAGCCCACCUUUUGUAUUUAGCUGUACAGUUUUAUAGAGUCCACGCUUCGUUUUCUGUAACCCCACAAAACCAUCCGGCUGAGAACUCCGUCACCAUGCUGUCACGUACACCUGUGGUAUCUGUGUGUGAAACCCCGCCUCCUCUCGGCCUCCUGACCACCUCCACCGUGUGGAGGGUGAGAAGGGACAAAAUGGGAUCAAACAUGAAAACCCUGAACGUACAUGUGCUAAAGGAUUACAUUUGAAAGAAAAUUCUGCCAACAUCAAGGCAAGCAAAUUUACCAACAUUCAGUUUAAUUUAAUUUUAUAUAACAAUUUAAUAUCACAAAAAGAUUGUCUCAUUUUGUUUCAUGUCGGUAACCGUACAGAAGUAGAAGGUCGGUCAUAAAACAUAAACAAAAGCUAAUUGCUAAACUAAACAGACUAAAAUAAUCUGGUUAUCCCGGUCCUUAGACCCUCCCGGAAAGGAAAAACUCCCCCAAAAAAAACCUGGAUCAAGAAAAAAGAAGAAACUUUAGGGAUGCCCACAUGAGGGAGAGAUCCUAUCCCAGGAUGCACUGGAGAUUUACCAGAACUGAUAAAGAAGAAUUAACUUAUCUAACUCUACAACUAAUUGUUUGAAUAUAAUUCAGACAGAUGGGACUGGGGGGCGGGUGGGGGUGAGGUCCACAGAGGUCCACGAACAGGAGCAUCGAUGAUCCACCUGGAAUCUGAAAACUGGGAAAGAGGAACAACACGCGAAUCACACUGCACCAAACAGAAGCACAGAGAAGUACAUGGAAUAAACAAUAAAGAAUAGAGGAGAGGGGAAGUAAAUGAGAAUAGAACCCCAGAGCUGAUGUGGAUAACGAUGAUAGACAUUAAAGAUAAAAAUAAAGCACUAGGUUGAAGCGUAGUCAUCUAGCAAAAAUAAUCAUCACUAUUAAUACAAUAAAUAAAGGAAAAGGAAAGAAAACAAUUUCACACUAAAGUAUAACUAAAUUAUGAAACAAUAAACCAAAAAAAUUGUAUUUAAAAUAAAUUUGCUGUGUGUUGAUAAUUUGCAAUGUAGGAUUUAACCCUAGGACUUAAUUUAACAUCAACUUGAAUGUAAAAAAAAAAACAAAAAUUGAGAAAUGUUUCUUGACAUUGAUGCUCUUUAGAAGCGGAUCCGUAAAGAAAUUAACACACAUUUGACCUCCAUUAAGGAUUUUCUUAAAUACAAAUGCAAUUGCUGCAGAGGGCUGCAUGUUAUUGUUCACCUGGAGACCCCAAACUGCUAAGUUCACCACUAAAAGUCUAGAAACUGACCAUCUGAUUGCAGCGCUUCAAGCUCGAUGUGUGACGCCUGAUUGGCCGGGCAGAGCGGGCUGCUGAAAGACUCGGGGUCAUGGAAUCCUGUCGGGCACAAACUGCUAGAACUAAUUUCUCCUUCCUGAUCAAUUUUCAUACGAUUGGUACUUCAGUGAAUUAAAGGGGACGCCGUCCAUCCGUCACUACCAAAUCAGAGUCCCUGAUUGGUCAAAGUUCAGCUGGUUUAGCGUUCACUUGCUGCACGUUUUGUUUGUAGAGCCUGAAAACGGACGUAAAAACGUUCUCAGCGACAUGUGAACGUAGAAGCCUGAGACAGACAUUUACAAAGACUUUUCUUUGGAAGAAGUCGCCUGAACCAAGGCAGUCUCACUCUCAACUCGCCGUAUGGACGGAUGGUUCGGGCCCCCUCCACGCCACUUUUGACAUACUGGCUGUUCCCAUUAAAGCGGGGGUCCCAAACAUCCGGGCCGCGAACCGGUACCGGUCCAAAUAGAGGGAAAAACCGUUCAUCAGGGGUCCCAAACCCUCAGGACACAGACCGGUACCCUAACCCCGUACCAGUUCCACGUCCGAUACCAUGACCCAAACUUCUUAAGGUUAGAUAAAAGGUCCUGGUUCAAAUCCCAGCUGGGUUUGUAUGUCCUCCUCGUCCAUUUGUGGGUUUUCCCCAACGUACAAAAACAUCAGUGACUGAAAAUGUCAUUCAGGUGUGAAUCUGAGUGUGGGCUUGUGAUGGACCGGAGGACCGGCCAGAACCUUCCUCGCCUUCAGAGGAUGGAUGAUCCCGUAUAACCUCAUGACCCUGAACAAAUAUCAGAUUCAGAAAAUGAAUGGACGGAUGGACGGUUGCUACGGUUUAUAAAUCAACCGAGGAAAGCCGCUCCACCAGAACCUGAACAGUUUGAGGUCCAUUCAUGGUUCUGACCUUCAGUCGGGUUUGAAGCUUUUUUAGCCAGAUCUAAAAUUUCUUCUAAGAGACAAAUAUACCUGGUCUAAAGGGAGGUUGGGGUUCGGACGGCUACAUUUCUGCUGGUUUUCCAACCUUACAGAUACAUAAUACUUAAAUCUCAAAAAGAAUUAAAAAAAAAAUGGAAAUAAAGUUUAUUUGAAGCUUAAAAGCAAGUUUUAAACCAAAGCCAUACUAUCAUAAGCUCCGCCCACUAACUUAAACAUUAAAAUUAAUGGACCAACUUAAAAAAAGUAAUUAAAAAUUGUUGCUGUACAAAGGUAAUAACAUGGAGUAAAAUGGAGUAUUUUCCCAUUUUGUCCCUUUUGACCCUCCGUAGCACUGAAGACACGCCCACAGCGCUCUCAGUCCUGCAGAUCUGAACUUGACAUUCGGAUCAUUUUCUCCUCUACUCAGAACUGUUAAAGAACUGGAUCAAACAAGACUCUGAGACGUGUUCACCUGUUUCCAGCCUCCGUUCCUUUUGUUACAUGUGGAUAUUAAAGUGAAACAUGAAUAAACCACAAUGAAAAC